AUGGCUGAUCCUUUUUUGCACCACCUGCACUGCAAGAACUGCCUCUACCAUCUCCACAAUCUUCACUGCCUGCACUGCCUCUACCAUCUCCACAAUCUUCACUGCCUGCACUGCAAGAACUGCCUCUACCAUCUCCACAAUCUGCACUGCCUGCACUGCAAGAACUGCCUCUACCAUCUCCACAAUCUGCACUGCCUGCACUGCAAGAACUGCCUCUACCAUCUCCACAAUCUGCACUGCCUGCACUGCAAGAACUGCCUCUACCAUCUCCACAAUCUGCACUGCCUGCACUGCAAGAACUGCCUCUACCAUCUCCACAAUCUGCACUGCCUGCACUGCAAGAACUGCCUCUACCAUCUCCACAAUCUGCACUGCCUGCACUGCAAGAACUGCCUCUACCAUCUCCACAAUCUGCACUGCCUGCACUGCAAGAACUGCCUCUACCAUCUCCACAAUCUGCACUGCCUGCACUGCAAGAACUGCCUCUACCAUCUCCACAAUCUGCACUGCCUGCACUGCAAGAACUGCCUCUACCAUCUCCACAAUCUGCACUGCCUGCACUGCAAGAACUGCCUCUACCAUCUCCACAAUCUGCACUGCCUGCACUGCAAGAACUGCCUCUACCAUCUCCACAAUCUGCACUGCCUGCACUGCAAGAACUGCCUCUACCAUCUCCACAAUCUGCACUGCCUGCNGUACAGCACUCCGUGCUAG